CAAAAAAAGGGUUACCAAUUCGUGAGGAUUAAAGGGAUGUGAAGAGAUUUGUUUUGAUCGGCGGUUUCGCGCACAUACGCGCCCCCGCACGCCAUGCGCAAUCACUAGGGACUAGAUUCUCGCGGCAACGUUUUCGUAGGUUGGUUUCGAGGAAAUUAAAUGCCAAAUGCGAGUGCACACACAUAUUGAAUUAAUUGUACGUCUCUUAGCGUACUCCUCGGCGGCCAUUUGAACAGCUUCGUCACUCGGCGCCUGUAUUCUGAGAAAGGAAAACAAUCUGGUCAAAACUUACUUUACUGAUUGAAGUAGCUGAGAUGGCGAGCACCUCACAACAAUACUGUCUACGCUGGAACAAUCACCGUUCUAACUUAUUAAUGGUGUUUGAUGAACUAUUGCAAAACGAAGCGUUUACCGAUGUAACUUUGGCAGUGGAUGGAGGUACAUCUAUCAAAUGCCACAAGAUGGUUCUAGCAGCGUGUUCUUCCUAUUUUCAAACUCUCUUUAUCGAUCUACCAUGCAAGCAUCCCAUUGUCGUAUUGAAAGACGUGAAAUAUUCUGAAAUCAAAGCCAUUUUGGAAUAUAUGUAUCGAGGAGAAGUAAAUGUGGCUCAAGAGCAAUUGGCUGGAUUAUUAAAAGUCGCAGAAGUUUUGAAGGUGAAGGGAUUGGUUGAAGAAAAUGGUUCGCAAAGUCGUCGUGAAAAAGUGGAAACCUCUAUGUCUCCUCCGCCAGCGAUAAGCACCAGUACAACUAGCAGCGCAGCUCAUAGUAGUGGACAUACGUCUCCUCCACAUUCUACAGGGACCACGUACAAUAUUUAUGGCAAAUCACCGACUGAUCGAAGUAGUCGUUUACCGUUACCAAUGUGGCCCUUAUCGGGGCUUCCCAUCACUCAUUCCAGUUCCAGCCAACAGACUGCACUACAUCAACAUUCUUCUAUCUUAAUCGGUUCCUACGACAAUGGUUUCGAAUCUUCCCCAUUGAAACGCAAGAAAUUCUCGAAUAUGCUAAUGAACAGGGAUACACCGAUUCUCAGGACAGUUUUGGGUCAAGGUCACGCGGAUAGUUCUCAGGGAAUACCUCUAUUGCAUCCAGAUAGCCAUGAAAAUCAAUUCAGAAGCAGUAGUAAUGGCUCGUCAAAUGAAAAUGAUAGACGCAGCAGCACAGAUGUAGUUCAUGGGGAAUCUGCACAUAGUCCUUAUACCGAUUUGUCUAUGAUGGAUGAGGACGAUAAACAAUCAUCGCCACAGUCGUAUCCUGCGGACAUUAAACCAGAGAUAGUGAACUAUGUAGCAGCACAAAAGCCAGAAUGGAAACGGUACAAGCAAUACACGAGGAAUGACAUUAUGUCCGCGAUUGAGGCCGUGCGCUCGGGAAUGAGUGCCUUACAGGCGGCACGUAAGUACGGAGUACCCUCACGAACUCUUUACGACAAAGUGAAAAAAUUAGGGAUUACAACGUCACGACCAUUUAAACGCGGUUCGAAUGGCAGUGGCGCCUGUUUUCCUUAUGGAAUUGGUGGUAAUACGAAUGGCAACAUAUACGGUGGCGCACUUUCGGAAAACGAAAACGAAAGUAGUAGCGUUAUCGAAGGUACUGGAUCUAUGCUCGAUACGUACGGGUCGAGAGACGGUUCCAUAAAUCGAGAAAUAGCCAACCCCAUAGUGCAUUCCGUGAAACAGCAAAAUAACGAAGAUCAGGUUGAAGAUCUCUCUGUUAGUCGUAAAUCGGACGUUCGUGUGAUAGUCCCACCAACAUCAGUGAUCAAAGACGAAGAGGAUAUUGGUUCUGAUUCCUAUAGUCACAAUUAA